UCUCUAUCCGGCCGCACCCCCGCCACCGCGCUCCCCCUCCCCAAAACUUCGACCCGCCGCCAUCGCCGCUCCCGUCCUUCCCCGCCGUUCGCCCCCGGUUUUGAGGUCGCCGGCCUUCGCCCCGUCAGCCAGCCGUCGCGUCCAUGGCGGAGGUGGCGCCUGUCGAUCAGGGGAAGAAGGAGGAGGAGGAGUUCAGCACGGGCCCCCUCUCCAUCCUCAUGCUCAGCGUCAAGAACAACACCCAGGUGCUUAUCAACUGCCGGAACAACAAGAAGUUGCUUGGUCGCGUGAGGGCAUUUGACCGUCACUGCAACAUGGUUCUCGAGAACGUCAGGGAGAUGUGGACUGAGGUUCCAAAGACUGGUAAAGGCAAGAAGAAGGCCCUCCCGGUGAACAAGGACAGGUUCAUAAGCAAGAUGUUCCUCCGCGGGGAUUCGGUCAUCAUCGUCCUCAGGAACCCGAAAUGAGUUUGGACGACUCGGCGUGAACCAGAAGAGUUUCUUUUCGCUAUGCUGCUGUUAGUUUGUAUGCUGGAUGCUCUGAAUCAGUGAGUGUGUAAGAGACGUUAUCAAGGCUACUGAUUAGUGGUUUUUCGCUGUAGUCUCGAUGUGUUAUGAAUUCAUGUCUUUUGUAGUAAUCUAACAACGUGCAAGUGAUAGUAUCGUCUGAAGAGAGUUUUCAGUUUCAGAA